UGUCCCGGAGCACCUCCUGGGGCACGAGCGGGGAGAGGCAAAGCGGAGUGGAGGGAGGAGGAUGGUGAGGAGGGUAAUGCAGGCCCGUGGUGCUCCCUUCAUCCUCCAUGCUAAUGUUCCUCUGUAGACUGUGUGUCUGGCGACAGCCCUGUCUCUCAUCAUGAGCCUGGCAGACCGGGUCACCUGCUCUUUGCUCAACUGCUUUGGUGAAGAGGGACCACCCAGUCUGGAGUACAUCCAAGCCAAGGACCUGUUCCCCCCGAAGGAGCUGGUCAGUGAGGACGACAACCUGCAGGUGCCGUUCCCAGCUCUUCAGGGGGAAGGGGUGGAGUAUCUGGGCCGAGCCGACGACGCAGUCAUCGCCAUCUCCAACUACAGGCUCCACAUCAAGUUCAAGGACUCCGUCAUCAAUACCUAUCCAGGUGUGGACAAUCACAUUUCUGUACCUCUGAUGCUGAUCGAGAGCGUGGAGAGCCGACACAUGUUUCAACUGCACAUCACCUGCAAGGACUCUAAAGUUGUCAGAUGCCACUUCUCCACGUUCAAGCAGUGCCAGGAGUGGCUGAGACGUCUGAACCGGGCCAUAGCCCACCCUGGCAGGCUGGAGGAUCUGUUCGCGCUGGCCUACCACGCCUGGUGUCUGGGGAGCAGCACUGAUGACGAGGACCAGCACCUACACCUCUGUAGACCAGGUGACCAUGUUCGUCAGAGGCUGCAGAUGGAGGUUAAGAGGAUGGGCUUUGACAUGCAGAACGCCUGGAGAGUGUCUGACAUCAACCUCAAAUACAAGCUGUGCUCCAGCUAUCCCCAGCAGCUGCUGGUCCCAGUGUGGAUCACAGACAAGGAGCUGGAGAGUGUUGGUUCCUUCAGAUCCUCCAACAGAAUCCCUGUGGUCGUCUAUAGGCACCAGAGGAACGGGGCGGUGAUCGCUCGCUGCAGCCAACCAGAGAUCAGCUGGUGGGGCUGGAGGAACACAGAGGACGAGUACCUGGUAACAUCCAUCGCUAAGGCCUGUCUGAUGGACCCCGGGACCAGGUUCACUUGUGAGGCCCUGGCCUGCAGCCAACCCAGAGGGGAAGGCCCAGACAGCUCUGACAGUGACUUUGACUCCUCUCUGACAGGAUGCCCAGUCCCUGAUGCCAACACUGCGCCACAAAAACUUCUUAUCCUCGACGCUCGUUCUUACACCGCUGCAGUGGCCAACCGUGCCAAGGGGGGUGGCUGUGAGUGUGAAGAGUACUAUCCUAACUGUGAGGUGAUGUUCAUGGGCAUGGCCAAUAUCCACUCCAUUAGGAACAGCUUCCAGUCCCUCCGAGCCGUCUGCAGCCAGAUCCCUGACCCGGGCAACUGGCUGUCUGCUCUGGAGAGCACCCGUUGGCUGCAGCACCUGUCCAAAAUGCUGAAGGCAGCCACUCUGGUGUGCUCUGCGGUGGAAAGGGAGGGACGUCCUGUCCUGGUGCAUUGUUCAGACGGUUGGGACCGUACCCCUCAGAUUGUGGCUCUCGCCAAGAUCCUGCUGGACCCGUUCUAUAGGACGCUAGAGGGUUUCCAGGUACUGGUGGAGACUGAAUGGUUGGACUACGGUCAUAAGUUUGGCGACCGCUGUGGUCACCAGGAGAAUGCUGCCGACGUGAGUGAGCAGUGCCCGGUCUUCCUCCAGUGGCUGGACUGUGUUCAUCAGCUGUUCAAACAGUUCCCCUGCCUCUUCGAGUUCAACGAAGCCUUCCUGGUCAAGCUGGUGCAGCACACGUACUCGUGUCUGUACGGGACGUUCCUGUGUAACAACGGGCGGGAGAGAGAGGUCCGCAACAUCCACAACCGCACCUGCUCCGUCUGGUCUCUGCUCCGCUCCGGCAACAAGAACUUCCAGAACUUCCUCUUUAUCCCCGGGCAUGAUAUGGUGUUGCAGCCGGUGUGCCACACCCGGGCCCUGCAACUGUGGACGCCGUCUACCUACCCACCUCCUCCCCCUGCACCUCUGCCGAGGACGCCAUGGAGUCUACCUGUCCCCCGCAUACAGGGAGACCGAGCUCCCUCACGUUCCCUGGACAGGCCAUCUUACCAACGUCUGAGGCUAAAGCCAUUACAACGCGAGGUUAACUGUCUGGAAGAAAAUAAGAUCAACAGCUCAUGA